AUGUAUUCAAAAGCAGGAGAGGUCGUUCAGGAAGUGUUCAGUUCUCUUCGUACUGUGCUUUCACUCAAUGGCGAAAAGAUUGAAGAAAAAAGAUAUGAAAGCAAAUUACAGGCAACUCGUUGGAGUAGUAUGCGCAAAGGUGCUGUGUUUGGUCUUCUUGGUGGAUGGAUCUAUCUAAUAGGAUAUCUCAUUUAUUCAAUUGGUUUUGCUUUCGGCUUAUCUCUCAUGAGUCACGAAGGAUAUGAUAGACUCAGUUUUAGUGAUCUUCUUGUAAUAAUAAUUCCUUUGGCACGAAUUAUUACUAAUAUUGCCUUUGUUAGUCCUUUCUUUCAAUUAUUAGAAGAAGCUCGAGGUGCUUUAGCACCUGUAUUUCGAUUGAUUGACGAGGAAGAGGUGAUAAGUAUGAACGAGACACAAAUACUGAAAGAUUCUGUUAUUUGUAAAGAAGCUAUCGACAUGAAUGGUGAUAUUCAAUUUGAUAAUAUCAACUUUGUCUAUCCAGCUCGACCAGAUGUCUUAGUCCUACGAAAUCUUACUUUGACGGCUCGUGCUGGUGAGACAACAGCUUUAGUCGGUACAAAUGGUUCUGGUAAGAGCACAUGUGUUUCACUUCUACUUCGUUUUUAUGAACCUUCAUCUGGUCACAUCUCAAUUAGUGAUCGACCAAUAACUGAUUACAAUUUAACACAACUUCGACAAAACAUUGGUGUAGUUAGUCAAGAACCUAUUCUCUUUUCUACAAGUAUCUAUGAAAAUAUUCGCUUUGGUAAAGAAGAUGCAACAAGAAUCGAGAUCGAAGAAGCAGCACGUCAAGCUAAUGCCCACGAUUUCAUAAUGAAAUUGCCUAAUAAAUAUGAUACAGUCGUUGGUGAACGCAGUGUUCAAUUGAGUGGCGGUGAAAAGCAACGUGUGGCUUUAGCUCGUGCUCUUGUCAAACAGCCAUCUUUACUUUUAUUGGACGAAGCAACAAGUGCUCUUGAUCACACCAAUGAAAAGAUCGUCCAAGAAGCACUCGAUAAAGCUUGUAAAGAUCGGACGACUAUUGUGAUCGCUCAUCGUUUGACAACAAUUGAAAAGGCGCAUCGUAUUUAUGUGUUGGAUAAUGGACGUGUUAUCGAACAAGGUACGCACGAGAUACUGAUGUCAAAAGAAGGUGGUCGAUAUCGUAAGAUGAUGAACGCUCAACAUACAGAAAAAAUAGAAAAUGGUAUUGAUGAAACAAUGGAUCUCACACAAAUAGAAGAUGAUGAUCAACAACAAAUAUUCGAUCGCUCUCGACAGAGUAGUUAUAAUAAUCCUGACGUUCGAGAUGAAUAUACUGCUUUUGCUGUGUCUGGCUCAAAAUUGACCGAGCGUAUUUGUGCUAAAGCUUUUGCACAUUAUCUACGUCAAGAAAUGACCUUUUUUGAUAAUCAUGAAAAUAGUUCUGGAGCUAUUUGUAAUCGUCUCUCAUCGGAUGCAUUGGCUAUUCAGCAGAUGGUUGGCUCUCGUCUAGGCAUCGUAUUUGAAUCAGUCGCGAUGUUUGGACUUGGUAUUAUUCUUGGAUUUGUAUUUAGUUGGCAAUUGACAUUAACCAUGUUGUUUUUUAUUAUCUCUUUGUUUGUUCUUUCUUUCAUACAAGUAUGUUGGCAAGCUCGAUUAAAUAAACAUUCUGAUGAUAUUUUUGGAUUAGCAAGUUCGCUCGCUGUCGAAAUCAUUCACAAUAUGCGUACAGUGAAAAAAUUGGCAAUCGAAGGAGAAUUUCUACGUCAAUUCUCCAAUUUGAUUCAUAAAGAAUACAAGUAUGUUGAAGUCAAUUGUUAUUCAUUCAAAAUGUUUUUAAAACCUAUUUGCAAAGGUGCAUCUGGUAGUGGCAAAUCAACAGUCAUUCAGCUCUUGGAACGAUUCUACGAUCCUAUACAAGGCCAAAUCUGUCUCGAUGGUGUUGACAUUCGACAAUUGAAUAUUCAAUGGCUUCGCUCGUGUUUUGGUCUUGUUAUUCAAGAGCCAAUCUUAUUUAAUCUAACUAUUGCUCAGAACAUAGCAUAUGGUAGAGAAAACGUUUCGAUUGAAGAUAUUAUCGAUGCAGCCACUAAAGCCAAUAUUCAUGAUUUCAUACAGCGGUUGCCUGAAGGCUAUGACACCAAUGUAGGUAUGAAAGGUGGUCACUUAUCAGGUGGUGAGAAGCAACGUAUUGCUCUUGCUCGAGUUCUUCUUCGUCAACCAAAAAUUUUGCUAUUAGAUGAAGCAACAAGUGCCAUGGACUCGUGCAAUGAACAAGUUCAUUGUUCUCUGAUACUUGUUAAUUAA